AUUUCUGCCAUUUUUUCAGGUCUUUCUCCAUUCAAACGCAUAAUUAGUCUCAUAUUUACCACAAUUACUGUUCAUUUGAUUUGUGUGUGAAUUGUGUGAUACGACUGUCCGCUCACGUGUUCAUUGGUUUCUCUCCCGACAGAUAUAUAUCCCAUCAAACCUACCGUUCAUUCGCCCAUUGAUUACAUAAUAAAUAAGUCUUCAGGUGUUGAGCCAAACACACGACGAAGAGUUGAUCCGUUGUGCCGAUAAUAGCGUCGAUACCACUGUUUGACACGUGUUGUUGACCACUGGUUACCCCCACUGUCCGCCAAGUCGUGCCCCAAUCGGCGGUGUCUCUGAUGUUGAUAACGGAUCAUCGCAUCAAUAGGUUAUAUAAUUAUCAUAUAAAUAGCAACCAUUUGGUUGAUAAUCAUCGGAAGCAGUGAUGUUAGAAGAGAUCGAAAGUGCGGUCACUUUCCUGACGCGACUCAUCGCCAAAAGCAACGAGUCGUCGGAUGUGAUAACCCGGGAGACGAUAGACUCGUUUAGUCGAAAGUUAUGCCAAUUAUUAGAGGAGAAGUUCCGUAACCAUUGGUUCCCCGAGAAGCCGAUGAAGGGUCAGGCCUUCCGGUGCAUCCGCUUCAACGAGAACAGCCGUCGCGACUCUAUUGUGGAGAAGGCGUGCAAAGAGUGCGGCAUUAACUACGAUGACCUCAAACUGCCUCUCGAGCUGACCCUAUGGGUCGACCCCAACGAAGUCACCUGUAGGUUCGGUGAGCAUAAGGGCUCGUAUUGUAUUGUCGCUAAACUGAGGGACGGGAGGAAAGAGAAUUACAUCGAUUCCAUCAAUUGUGAAGAACUCGAACAGAAGACCAUCGAAAGGAAUAAACAGGCGUCGUUUGAUUUACUGAACUCCCGGAAGAAGCGCCAGAACCGGAAGAAUGGGUACAAUAGUUAUACGGCGAACGGCUUCAGCGACUACUCGAUGGGCCCGUCGUGCUCGCCGUCCCAGUCGUCGGCGUUCUACCCGUUCUACGGGUCGGGCACACCGUUCGCCACUCAGUACGGGUCGAGUCCGCCGAACACCAACGGCUUCCUCAAGUACCCGAUAUCGCCGCCGCAGUCGCGCGCAGUGGGCGGCGGUAACGGCGCCUACAGGGCUCUCAACACCAAAAGCAACAAUUACUCGAACCAAACGAUCAACGCGAAGACCAAUAAUAACUUCUCCCGACAACUGUUCGCCGGCAACGGCUUUCAGUCGCCGUUCGCAUACCAGCCCAACGAUCGCUACCAUUGGGUCAACAAAUCCAUUGUCAAAGCAUAAGACUAAUCGUUAAGACCAUUGAAAACCCGUCGCCACUAAUAUUAUUAUAUAUUAUACAAAAGUAUAUGAAUUUCAAUACAAAACACAUUUUUUGAUUUCUAUUUCUACCAACGAUUGACAUAAAAAGCAAUUGAUUUUCUAUUUGUAAGCCACAACACAAACUGUAAUACUCUCUCCUCUAAUGCCCUAUAGUUUUUAGAUUUGAUUUUAUAUUUAAUUUAAUUCGGACCGGUAUUUGACAGGACUUUGUCUGUAA